AUGACCAAGGCCAUCGACUCUGGUGCCGCUGUCUACAGCCAGCUCCCGCCGACCGCAGCAGCAACAACACCUGGUCCUACUACCUGCAGUGCCUCACAGCCUCUAAACGUCAAAGGCGGUAUGACAAACUUGCUCGGCAAGACUCGUCGCAGAUUCCAGAAACUGCCCUGCCUGCCUUUCGGCAAACGAAAACCACGGAUUUCCUGGAAAAACUCAACUCAGGCAUUGAACACGAUCCUCUCUGGAAACCCGGUUGUCGUCCGCGAAAUCAUCGUCCAAGCGGCCGCUGGGCUUGCCGGCUUCGUCGCAAAAGCCGUCUGCACGACCUUGGACAAGUCCAUCGCACGCUUCACGCCUACUCCUACUUGGGAGCUAGCUUUCGGGCAUCCAACUAUGGCCUUGAGCUUUGCGAGCAUUGCGCUCGAACAGGCACGCACGUUUGAAACGGACAACACCGCCCAGUGUUCAGAGGCAAAGCUUGACGAGGCAUAG